AUGGUGAUGUUGUGGUGGAGUGAAGGGAAUUGUUUUACGUUCGAUACAAUAGUUGCAACAGAUGGUUCAGGCGAUUACAAAACCAUCGCUGAAGCGUUAGAUGCAGCUCCCAAAAUGAGUUCACAACAAUAUUUUAUACAUGUCAAAGGAGGAAUAUAUAAUGAAAACGUCACCAUUUCAGAUGAUAAAACAAAUAUCUCCCUUGUUGGUGAUGGUAUGGGAGUCACAAUAAUUGCAGCAAAUAAAAGUGGCAAAGUAUUGCCUACCCCUUUCACAGCUACAUUAGAAGUAUAUGGCAGUGGCUUCGUUGGAAUGUCGAUGACAAUCCGAAAUACGGCUGGAGCAGAAGGUGCUCAAGCUGCUGCAUUGACGAGUGCUCCUUAUCAUGGUGUUGCUUCAUAUUAUCAAUGUAGUUUUGAGGGUUACCAGGAUACAAUUUUUGCCCUAGACUAUGCAUUUUUCAGAGAAUGCAACAUUUCUGGCACGAUCGAUUUUAUCACUGGUAGUGGACGACUCAUUGUUCAGAAUAGUGCUGUUAAUGCAAGAUCACCCAUGAAAUCUCAAGGAAUCAGGAUACUUGCCCCAGGUGCAGAUAACAUUACUUCAAAUCCAGGGCUAGUUCUUCAGAAUUGUACAAUACUCCCUGUAUCUGAUUUUAACAAGGAAGAAAUUUCAAGUGUAUUAGGCUGGCCCUGGAAAGAUCAAGGAAAGGGAGUAAUCAUGUCGAGUUACAUCGGUGAUUUUAUUGACCCGAAAGGCUUUGCUCCCCACCCGGAAGUGACAGACAUAUAUAUGGCGGAGUAUGAUAAUCGAGGACCAGGUUCCGAUACCAAAGACAGAGUAAAUUGGUCGAAAGUCAUUGAUGAAGAAGAAGCAUCCAAGUUCACUGUGCGCAACUUUCUGCAAGGUGAUACAUGGAUCCCCGAAAUAAUCCCUUACUAUCUAGAUCUUUGA